AUGGACGCUGCGACGGUGACUUCUCUCAUUGCGUCGGUCGUCGCCGCCAUCCAAGCCCACGCCAAGGUGGCUGGUGACGAGAGCGCGCUCACGAUCACGGUCACGGACGGCGUCGUCUCGAUCAACGCGGCCAACGGUGCGUGCGCGGUCGCCGGCUGCUCCAAAUUCGCCAAGCUGCAUGGGCACUGCAUUAUGCACUGGCACACGCAAGGCUGCAAGAGCCCGCGGUCGCCGGUCACGCCGGCCGAGCCGCCGACCAUGAGCCCGAGCGGCCCGACGCCGAUGACGCGCAUCGUGUGCAAAGCCAAGCCGGCGCCGGCCACGCGCAUGUGCAAGACGCCGGGGUGCCAGUCGUACGCGCGGCGGUUUGGGCGCUGCUCGCGGCACGGCGGCGCCAGCCUCUGCACGGUCAAGGGCUGCUCGACGCCAUCGCAAACCGGCGGGCGUUGCCGCGUGCACGGCGGCGGCAGUCAGUGCAAGGUCGCCGACUGCACGACAUUUGCCCGCCUCCAUGGGUUCUGCCUCGAGCACUACGAAGAGACAUUGAAGCAAGCUGUGAAAGCCAGCGACGACUAGAUCGAGAUAUUCUGGUCAAAUAUUUAAUCAUAUUUGGAGUAAUAUCAGUCGUACAUGUAAUAUAGAA